CACGUGCCUCAGCACCCAACCGCCACUCCAGCCUCUCGCCAUGCCUACAGACAUGAGCAAGUGGACCGGGCCGCUGAGCCUACAGGACGUGGACGAGCAGCCCCAGCAUCUGCUGCGGGUCACCUACGCCGGGGCGGAGGUGGGUGAGCUGGGCCAAGUACUGACGCCCACCCAGGUUAAGCAGAGACCCAUCAUCAUUUCAUGGGAUGGCCUUGACCCAGGGAAACUCUACACCUUGAUCCUCACAGACCCAGAUGCUCCCAGCAGGAAGGAACCCUUGUACAGGGAAUGGCACCAUUUUCUGGUGGUCAACAUGAAAGGCAACGACAUCAGCAGUGGGAAGGUCCUCUCGGAUUACGUGGGUUCCGGGCCUCCCAAGGGCACUGGCUUCCAUCGCUAUGUCUGGCUGGUGUACCAGCAGGACAAGCCACUGAAAUGUGACGAACCCAUCCUCACCAACCGGUCUGGAGACCAUCGUGGGAAGUUCAAAACUGCAGCCUUCCGCAAGAAGUACCACCUGGGAGCCCCGGUGGCUGGCACGUGUUACCAGGCAGAAUGGGACAGUUAUGUACCGAAGCUGCACAAACAGCUGUCCAGGAAAUAGGAGAACCACUUGAUUGUCAUGGCCACGCCUGCCAUACUAUUUAUCAGGUUCAACAACGCGUGGCAUGUCUUUCCUUUUCCCAUUCCCACCUGCAUAAGGGAUUCUUGAGUUGUCGUAGGGCGGUAGUUUAGGAUGACUUUUUCUCACUGCCACUUGCCCUAAAGAUUCCAGAUAGUUGCACCCAGUUUGUUUUGAUCAAAUUUAAUCUCCAUCUGGUGGAGAUUUGGCACUGUGAUGGGCUCGUUAUAUUGUUAAUAAAAGAACAGUAACUCUGAACGUAAAGAAUGCAAAACCCAAGUGAACAGAGCACGCCUACAGGAAGAAAGCAAGUACCUACCUCAGCGAUUAAGAAGACACAGAUGGGAUGCGUCUGUCUCUGUUCUGAAUCAGGAGCUGCGCACAGUGGUUCCGGUUCUCAGAUAUGUUAUGAGGUCCUGUCUCCCACCGGCACAACCAGAGACUUUGUAUCUGGGUAAUCCUAGGCACACAGCUGGACAAGUGUCUGUGUCUUACGGCUCCAUUAAAGAGCAGAGCUCCGUUUAAAAGCAAUCAGGAGGAUCACUCUGCUGUGCUGUACGCUGGCUUGGCGGGAGCCCAGCUGCAGUCCGGAACAAGAACAGCUAAUCUGGGAGUUGCUUAUGUUAAUUCUGUUAGCUUAUUGUCAAAUAAAAAUUUAAAAGCAAAAAAAAAAAAAA